AUGAUAAAUUCCAUUUUUGAAAUGUUCACUGAAGUGAAGUCGAGACUAUGGAAAAUUGAGGAAAACACCAGUACUCUGGAGGAAAUUAACAAAAAACUCAGUAACCUAUCUAUGAGAGUAGAAAAGUCAGAAACAGAGAUUGGUAGUAUGAAAAUUAGGAUAAGGGACAUGGAAAGUGACUUACAGGGAAAUAGUGAUAUUAUGGAUCGGGUAAAGGCGGCAAACGAUACUGUAGGUAGAAACAUUACGAAAAUGAAGAAAAAUAUUGAAGCUUUGGAAAAAAAUGAAAACGAAGUCCUUGACGAUGUUGAUGAAUUACAUGAAAUGAUGACAGAAUUGAGAGAUAGAGCGACCGAUGCCCAAUGCCGAAGCAUAAAAUAUAAUUUGAUUUUCUCAGGAAUUCCAGAAAAAGUUUGGGACCAACACCAGAGUCCUGAUGACGAUGAACUGACCUUGAAAAAUUUUAUUGUACAAAAACUGAAAAUUGAAGAUGCUCAUCAAAUAGCUAUGGCCAAUGUGCAUAGAAUAGGUCAGCGCGACAGGCGUACAGGUGCGCGUCCAAGGUCGAUUAUCGCAAAGUUUGUAUAUUACAAGGACUUAGUUUGGGUAAAACGAAACGCGAAAGAACUAAAAGGGACACAUUUCGGGAUCAACGAGCAAUUCCCAAAGGAAAUAGAGGACAAGCGUAAAACUCUGUAUCCUGUAGCAAAAGAAGCGAGAAAACAAAACAAAAAAACGGUGUUUAAUAGAGAUCAGUUGUACAUUGAUGGAGUGUUAUACAAGAGCCCGGAUGUUCAGCUCGGCCAGCCUACUCAACAACCGCGUACCAAACGCCGGUGA